AUGUCUUCUAACACGAAUGCAACGACUUUACCGGCAUCAGCACGGCCUGUAACAAAUGCACGAAAUUCUAAUGGCUCUUGGAGAGCCAGUUCUUCACAAAACUUAAACAAUAACGCUCUCAGUGAAGAAAUGACAUAUUUUUCAACUAGUGACGAUUCAUUAGAUCCCGAUCGACAAAAGAAAUUAGAAGAAAGUAUAAAAACGUCAAAUCCACAUCCGUUGGCAAAUAAGUGGACCUUUUAUCUUUUCAAAAAGGUGAUUGAUCCUUUUUCAAAUACAAAUCGCUUAGAGGAAUAUGAAGAAAACUUAAAAAGAGUCGCUACGGUAUCUACUGUUCAGAAUUUCUGGGCGGUAUAUAAUAAUAUUAUCGGUCCAAACGAACUUUCAGUAAGGUGUGCACUUCAUUUCAUGAAAUCUGACAUUCAUCCGGCAUGGGAAGAUCCUCGUAAUGAAAAUGGUGGCGCGUGGUCUUUUCGUGUGAGCAAAGCGAAUACCGCCAUAGUAUGGAGGGAGUUACUUAUGAUGUUGAUCGGAGAACAGUUUGAAGAUUGUGUUUCAAAAGAUGAUGAUAUCUAUGGCUUAACUGUAUCUUCAAGAUAUAAUUCUGAUAUAUUUAAUAUUUGGAACAAGAAUUCUUCUGUAAAUGAAGAAGCAAAAAUAAUGGAAAAAAUAAAGGAAGCGCUGGGACCUAUUGACUUGCAAAGCCCUUAUUAUAAAGCUCAUAAGGAUCAUGCAAUGUUUCAUAAGGUUGACACUCCAACAUCUGCAACUGUUAAUGGAAAAGGUUAUUAA